AUUGCUUCCUUGGACAACACAAGAUGGAUUUUCGCCCACUGUUUGUGUUUCAUGGCUUCGCCACUGAGCUAACCCUGGAGCGUACGGCGGAGGCAGCCAAGGUGGCGAAGGCAGCCAAGGUGGCGAAGGAAGCUAAGUCCUUGGUGGCCUGCGCGGUGCAGAAAGGCGAGGAGGUGAAAGAGGAAGCCCGGGCACGCAUCCGCCAGUCUGGAGGAGACCCCGGAUGCCCCAAGCUGGUGCUCAGUGAGAGCAAGCUCCAGUUCGGGCAGUACCGGGGUCAAACCUUCAAGUGGCUGCUGGGGAAUGACGUGGGGUACGCCUGUAGCAUCGUGGUGUUGCACCAAAAGGAGCGUGCCAGCGGAGACACUUCCCGGUCACCUCUCGCGGUCAACAAAACCGCACUGGCGUCUUACGCACAGCUCUUUCCAGACAUGGUCGCCGCCCUUCGCUCUCAGGCCGUGCGCAUGGGGGAGAUGCCCUUCAGGGAGCUGGAUGGCAGAGCAGUGGGUUUUGGGGCUCAUGCCAAAAGGACAUACUCCGCACUGUAUGAAUCCCCCAACGGCGACGAUCAAUCCUACUUGCAAUGGCUACGAGGCAAGCAAACCAAACCGGGUUCCACCAUGCAUGCCUUCCAGCGUUACGUGUUGAAGCGUGACAAGGAUGCACAAACGCAGACCGCCGCGGCCGGACGUGACGCCCCAGGUAAAUGCCCUCCCCAGGUUUGUAUGACUUUGUUUACAGGUGCAGGUGAAGAGGAGCCCACCGAUGCAAUGCUCGUUGAAGCGGCCAUGGAGGUGGAAUCUCAGCCUUCUACUACCUCGCAGACGAUGAGGACGCCGCUGGAAGCAGGCCCUUCCCGCCUUACCGCUCCUAUCGCCGGACAUGAUGCUGCGUCGCCCCUGACUUCAGGUGCCGAGUUGCUGCCCAAGUCCUGGCGACAGACGCUGCCGGAAGAACAGCACAACUGGGUGGGCCGCGCGCUUUUUUUCCGAGGUCCCAAGGGGAAAGCGGUUCUCAAGUCUGGGCUGAAACUAUGGUGGCAACCUCCUAAGAAAUUGCCGUAUUACACGCAGCCCCCUGCCUCGUCCGCCGUCUUUUUCCACUCGCGCUUUUUCCUGUGGUGCCCGUACAAGCUUUGGGGCUGCAAACUGGAGUGCCCAAAAUGCAAGCACAAGCUGACGGGUUGUGGACUGUACAAGACCCUGAGAAAGGUCUUGGACUUAAGUGACUGGUACUACAUGGCCACAGAGUAUCUGGAGUGCCACGCGUGCCACAGGAAGUAUGCCGCUUGGGCCAGCAACAUCAUCGGGCAGCUGAGCACGGCAAAACAGGCAGAGUUCCCGGCGAUCCUCACCUACAGGUUAUCUUGUGACAAGAAGGUCAUACGGCAAAUGCAGGCUCGCACGCUGGGUAACAGUGCCACUCGGCUUCGCUCCUACUUGGUAGAGGAGCACUCACGAGAGUGGCAGACUCGGGCACUCGGCUACCUGGAGGUGAUGGCUCGCUUUCGCUCCGUCAGCUCCUUCCCGCAGCCGAGGGCCUGUAUCCCGCCCAUGCGCCCGCUGCCUAGCGUUUCCUGGCUGCUGUCGGUGUACGUGAGGGAGGUUCUUCCUCGCAUGGAGCACACGAAGGCCAGGAUUACGUCUACUUUCGGAAGUAUCCUGAAAAUGGACUCCACCAAGAAGAUGACCAAGAAGCUGGCAGGUGAAGCCGCGGGAACGGCUGCCUGGGUCACCAACGUCGGCAACGAGCUGGGCCAGGUGCUAAUGUCGGUGCUGACGGUGGCAGAGGGGGACGGUCUGCUGGCCAUGGCCCAGGGACUCAUGCGCCGCUACCGAGAGGCCGGGCGAGACCCUCCUCACGUGCUCUACGUGGACCGUGACUGUUGCUGCUCCGCCGGCGGACAGCCUAAGGUGGCGGCUACGUUCGGCGAGUGGGACAGGCUGGUGGUGCGCCUGGACGUGUGGCACCUCAUGCGCCGCUUUGCCAGGGGCGUUUCCACAGAGGCCCACACGCUUUAUGGUGAAUUCAUGAACAGACUCUCGUUUGCCAUGUUUGAGUGGGACGAAGGGGACAUGAGCCGUCUGCGCGAGGCUAAGCGGGCGGAGCGUGGCGGGAACGGCCACGUCGAGCCGUCGCGCAAGGAGCUGUACCGUCACUGCCGCCGGCGCACCAGAGGAGUGGAGGAGACCACGCGUCUUGUCCAGGAGGUGAUGGAUCACCUGUGGGAUGCCAAAGACACCUUGGGCGUCAAGCUGUUUGACCAAGGCAGGAUGAAGGAGAUUUGGAGCACUCAGCGACGCCACUUGGGCUGCAUCCAGGACCCGCCUGGCGUGGCGCUUUACACAAGAACUUCCACAGUGACCAGAGGAGGGGUGGCUCUUCCCGUCUUCCGCUGUGCAAGGGGCUCCACUUCUCUGGAAAGCUUCCACCUGCACUUGUCCUGUUUCAUUCCAGGUACGUCGGCCAACGCGCUCCAUUUCCAGGUUUACCUUCUGGAGGGUCUGUGUAGGUGGAACGAGGGCCGAGGAAGAGCGGCGGUGAAAGGGACCGAUGAUGUCACGGUGCAGUGUUACGACGCCGGCCUGCAAGACGCACUCGCGCAGCUGACACAAGAGCUCAUGGGUCUCACGCUGGUUGACAAUUACACCCCGGCGAGCAAGUACACAGGAGAGCUUAUUGGCAUCCAGUAUCUGUAUGCCCAGACUGGCGUCGUGCUGCAGUCCCACGUUGUGGAUGAUCCGGACAAGCCUGACUCAGAUGACAUGGAGGACGAAGACCAACUCGAGGAUGAUGAGGGUUACGAUGACGAGCCAGUGGGAAUCGAGCAGUAUACGGGUGACCGCCACUCCUCCGUGACUCUGCCCCCCGACGAUGAGCCAGCAGAAGAGAAGGAAGAAGAAGAAGAUGUGUUAGGUCCAGACGGGAACGGCGGAUACCAGCAUGUCUGUCGCUUGGCCACCGCCCUUGUUGCGCUGCGGCGCCAAAUGUUUGUGCCGCCUCGGCAGGAGAGGCAUAUAAUAGAACUUUGGCAAAAGCUGACAGACGGAGAUAAAGCGCCUCCCAGCCUUCCCCCCCGCCACGCUCCCAAGCUGAACAAGGGACGCUUCAGGGUCUCCAGGCAACACCACUUGGAAGGGGUGGCCAGUGUAAAACGUUUGUGCAUCGGGCGGGGCACCGAGGUUGCGCACUCCCCGGACACAAGCAGGUUGAUGGAGGCAGUCUUCAUUCAGCUGUCGAGCCACCACAGCCAAGAGCACCGCAUUUCAGGGUUCCGGCAGAGCCGAUGGUCACUGAUCAUGCGGGACUACACGCGCAUUCGCGAGAACCUGUCCGGCAACCGGGCCAUCAAAGCUGCUGGCUGCAGCAUUCGCCUCAUGGAGGUCAACCACCGCACGCUCACUCAAUGGUUCAACAAGCGGUGUAAGGACAUGGCCACUGCUGAUGUUGUUGCGACGGUGCCAGCACAAAGUGCAGCAGCGACGACGACACGGUCCCUUCCUGCAGCCAGGGAACUGAUGGUAGACGUCGCACAACCCCAUGACGCGCACGACUUUCAGCACCCUAGGUGGUAUUAUGGAUGCCCCUCCCAAGCGAACAGAGACAUUCAAGUGCAAACUCUGUGGGCAACCAAAGAAGAAAGAAUAUGGCCACAGUCGCUACAGAAACGAGACCUUUUGCGCACGUUCACAGGGGCGUUCGGUGGAGGAGUGGUUGGCUGAGAAAAGGAGCCAGGACACCCAAAGACAGAGGCAGGCCCAGCACACAAGAGCAACCCAGCCACCUGCUGUUACUGUGCCCAACCCACAGACCCCUGUGCCCAACCCACAGACCCCUGUGGUGCCCAACCCACAGACCCCUGUGGUGCCCAACCCAUACGCCCAUUCUAUGUUGUUGCUGCGGAAGAUUUUACCAAAACCACCUCUGUAACCUUAUGACUUAGCUCUUUGUUUUUUGCAUUGUCCCUUUAAAAAAUACU